CCCCCCCCCCCAGUUCGCCAUCUCUCUCUCCUCGUCCCGUCCCCUGGAGGCCCCGUUCAACCACACGCCUGUCCUAUCUUAUCUGAUAGCGAGCUGUGCUCUCGUCACUUUUUUCUUUUUCUCUUCUUCAUCUUCUUCUUCUUCCUCUUCUUCCUCUCAACUCCUCCUCAGCUUGCUUCGAGUCUCUGAGAGAUCUUGAGCAACUUGUUCAUAGAGAGCAUCGCCAUGGCUUCAACCGCUGUGCCCCUGCCUGUAAAGGCCUCUCUCCGGCGCAAUGUGACCGACUCAACCGAGUCCUCUGCUGCCGUCUCCCCCAUGGACUCUCCCAGACCGUCGGCUUCGUCCACGUCUCUGUCGUCUCUGUCCUCGGUCGACGUUGCCGGUGUCAAGGCCGCUGAUUAUGGCCGCCUGAUCGACACCUACGGCAACGAGUUCAAGGUGCCCGACUUCACCAUCAAGGACAUCCGCGACGCCAUCCCCAAGCACUGCUUCAAGCGCUCCGCCCUCAAGGGAUACUCGUACAUCAUCCGCGACAUCAUCUGCCUGGCCACCACCUUCUAUGUCUUCCACAACUACGUGACCCCUGAGAACAUCCCCUCCACCCCCGUCCGCGGUGCUCUCUGGGCCGUCUACACCAUCAUGCAGGGCCUCUUCGGCACCGGCCUCUGGGUCAUUGCCCACGAGUGCGGCCACGGCGCCUUUUCCGACUCCAGCCUCAUCAACAACGUCACCGGCUGGUUCCUCCACUCCGCCCUGCUGGUCCCCUACUUCAGCUGGAAAAUCUCCCACCACAAGCACCACGCCUCCACCGGCAACAUGGAGCGCGACAUGGUCUUCCUCCCCCGGACUCGCGAGCAGCACGCCACUCGCAUCGGCAAGAUGGUCCACGAGCUGUCUGAGCUGACCGAGGAGACGCCCGCCUACACUCUCUUCAUGCUGGUCAUGCAGCAGCUGGUCGGCUGGCCCAACUACCUGCUCACCAACAUCACCGGUCACAACUUCCACGAGCGCCAGCGUGAGGGCCGUGGCAAGGGCAAGCACAACGGCAUCUUCGGCGGUGUCAACCACUUUGACCCGUCCAGCCCUCUGUACGAGGCCAAGGACGCCAAGUACAUCCUCAUCAGCGACAUUGGCUUGAUCCUCGCCUUCAGCGCCCUCUACUACCUCGGCAACACCUUUGGCUGGUACAACAUGGCCAUCUGGUACGGCGUCCCGUACCUCUGGGUCAACCACUGGCUCGUUGCCAUCACCUUCCUGCAGCACACCGACCCCUCGCUCCCUCACUACACUGCCGAGGAGUGGAACUUUGUCCGUGGCGCUGCCGCCACCAUCGAUCGUGAGAUGGGCUUCAUCGGCCGUCACCUGCUGCACGGCAUCAUCGAGACCCACGUCCUGCACCACUACGUGGCCACGAUCCCCUUUUACAACGCCGACGAGGCCACCGAUGCCAUCCGCCCCGUCAUGGGCGAGCACUACCGCUCCGACGUCAAGGACGGUGCUGUUGGCUUCAUCCGUGCCCUGUGGACCAGCGCUCGCAUGUGCCACUGGGUCGAGCCCAGCGCCGAGGCCAAGGGCCCUGGGAAGGGCGUCUUGUUCUUCCGCAACCGCAACGGUCUGGGAACCAAGCCCGCGGUCUUGCCCAAGCCCGAGUAAGAUUUGGGUGGCAUGAAAUUGGGACAGAAUAAAAAAGUGUUAGAAUCUUGUGUUUGCGUCUGUGCGUGCGAAUGGUCAACUGCAGCAAAAAAUGUAGACUUUUUUUGUUUCUUAUGACUGGCUUGAAAUGAUUUCUCUUUAAUCAGCCCAAUGGGAAAUCAUGGGUCGCGGAGCUUGAUGAGCCGUCAUCUCUGCAGAGAAGUCCUGAGACUUGGUCAAGCCAGUCAGAUACG